UUACGAAAUAGUUCGUAGGCCGAAAUCAAGACGUACAAAACAUGCGAAGAUUCAAGAGAAAACUCAAGCUGAUCAUUUUAAUCUGUGUAUUUUUUUUUAUUUACAUCAAUUUCUUCUUGGAUCCAGUGUAUUUGCAAUCGAUCCAUCGAUACGCCUUCGGACAUGAAAUUUUACGAGGAGAUGUUGUGAACAAGCAAGGGGAACGCUCGAGGAGCAGACUUUGCAAAGAGAAACUAUCAUUCCCUGGCGAAAUGUGUCCAAAACCUUUUACAGAGAUUUCCUCCUGUGAUCUAAAUAAGGAUAGAUUUUCCUGUCCUGACAUCCGACGUAAAGGAAACACUACGCUGCGACAGGCCCAACUUGUAGUCACAAGGAUGUUGCGAGUAUUCGAUCUCAUUUCGCGCAAGCACAACAUACCAUACUGGCUGCGAUCCGGAUCCCUCAUAGGAGCCAUAAGGCACAACGGGUUUAUUCCAUGGGAUGAUGAUAUUGAUAUUGAGAUACCACUCAUGUAUUACAUCGACUUCUUUGAAAAAUUCUCCAGAGAACUGCCAGAUGAUAUGUUCUUCCAAACAUCCGAGACAGACUCAAAGUAUCAUCGGCCGAAGAGUAUUUUUAACAUUAGGUCGGUCAGUGAUACACGGGUGGGAGUUUACCGUGGCAAUUGGCGACCCAAAGUUAGAGAUCGAUCCAGCUGCUACAAAUAUUGCCUUAAGAAAGGAUGCGAUUGGCACGACGGUUUGCAGCUCGAUAUCUUCGUAACCGAUUCAAUUCCGUGGGGUAUAUUUCCCUUAAGGGAAAUGACCUUUGAGGGAUUCAACAUUCUUGUUCCAAACAGAUGGAAAAGUGUGAUCGCUGACGAGUACCCACAGUUUAUGGACUUACCUAGAAAAGGAUUCAGACUCCCGAAAAAUAUAGAUAUUGAUCCCCUACACAGCUGCGAGGAGUUGUCAAAGAAGACAGAAGUGUAACAUUCCCAAGACCUCCUGGGUGAUACUUAACUCAUACCUGGUGACUUACGUGUAAUAAAAGUGGUAAUCUUGGAAUAAAGGUACGGUUACGGAGAGGUUGUUGGAUUUUUUUCCCAAUUUUUAUUACUAGUAUCCCAAGCUCAGGUAUCAUGUCAUAGAGGAGGGAAAUUAUUGUGAUUUGUAUAAACAUCCCAUACAGCUGCGAGGAGUUGUCAAAGAAGACGAAAGUGUAACAUUUCCCGUUUGAAAGUUGAUAUGUUCGUAUGAAUGGCCAAUUUAAUUAGCGAGCUAGUUUUUGAACAAGGAGUUUUGUCGAGGAAAAACUUGACGAGUAGUGAAACUAUCUGGUGAGUGGGUUAACAAAAGAAGAUUGACAAGAAAUUGCAAGCGCUCAACGGUCUCGUUUUUGUUCGCUGUACUAUUGUGGACUCGGGUGUAACGCUGGCUACAACGCAUGAUUAUUGAAACCUUAUUUAUACGUUCACACGAGCAAUUAACACUUGUGAAAGCAAACCUGACGAAAAUAAUUUGUUGUUCAUUCAGGUAAGACUUACCAACUUGUAACCGGCUUAAUUUAAAUACUUGUCGUGCAUAAUUACUUUGUGCAUUCAUUCAUUACAAAAAAACUGUCAAGUCACGCUGUGGAAAACAAUGAUGACACACACAAUGACCACGAGAAAGGGUUUCGAAGUUUUAAAAUUUCUAGUACGAAGAUAUUUUCAGUCGCAUUGCUACCACCAAGAAUGCAACAUAAUAGUCCUUUUUACAGUUGCGUGCUGGGUUGCAAAGCCUUUGAAGAGGAGUAAGAUUAAGAUUGACUUUGUUAUGAUGCAAACCUUUCUGCUUUUCAAAUGUAAAUUACUUUAUUGUCAUGCUUUAUUGUCGUGCUUUUCACUUGAAUUUUGCAAUCGCGACUUUCGAUUCCCCCCAACUCUAAAAAAAUUUCGUUCUAGUUUUUUAUAUUUUUAGAGUCAUUAAAAAGUUUGUAUCCACAGCCUUUAGAUAAGAAAUUUAAAAUUUCCAUCA